CGCCGCGUAGGCCUGCGGGAGCCGGGGAGACGCGACAAUGGGAGUGGGCAUGUAACAAAACGGUCGCUGUGGAGACGGGAGCCGCGCCUGAUUUGCUUGGCCACCGGGAGGCAGUUGGUUUAUCGGAGAGCGCGAGAGCGGCAGGAGGUUCUCGUUGAGGAUGGCCACGGGACCUCUGGUUGGUGCUAUUGAUCAGGGCACCAGCUCCUCCCGGUUCUUCGUCUUUAAUCCAAAGACAGCUGAAGUCGUUGUUCAACACCAAGUGGAAGUUUUGCAGAAGCUUCCACAAGCAGGAUGGGCAGAAGAAGAUCCCAGGGAGAUUUUGCGUUCGGUUUUUGAAUGUGUUGAGAAAGCAUGUGAGAAAUUGAAGCAACAGAAGAUUGAUGUCUCCAGUAUUAAAGCAAUUGGAGUGAGCAAUCAGAGGGAAACAACAAUCUUAUGGGACAAAAAGACAGGACAACCCCUCCAUAAUGCAAUUUUGUGGCUUGAUCUCAGGACACAGUCCACUGUGGAAAAGCUGAUCAACAAUGCACCAAACAAAGACAAAAAUAUUCUUCAGGAAAAAACUGGCCUUCCAAUUAGCACCUAUUUCAGUGCUGUGAAAUUACGCUGGCUUCUGGAUAAUGUGGAGAAAGUUAGGAAGGCUGUCGCAGAUGGUCGGGCCAUGUUUGGAACAGUUGAUUCUUGGCUUAUAUGGUGUUUGACAGGUGCACAUGAAGGUGGUGUUCAUUGUACAGAUGUUACCAAUGCUAGCAGAACUAUGCUAUUCAACAUCCAUACGUUGAAGUGGGAUCCUGAACUUUGUCAAUUCUUUGACAUUCCGAUGAAUAUUCUCCCAGAAGUGAAAAGUUCAUCAGAAAUUUAUGGAUUAAUGAGAUGUGGGACAUUAGCUCAAGUACCAAUUUCAGGUUGUUUAGGUGACCAAUCUGCUGCUUUGGUUGGACAAAUGUGUUUUCAGCCUGGACAAUCAAAAAACACGUACGGAACAGGUUGUUUCCUCCUUAGUAAUACAGGUGAGAAGCCUAUUAUAUCCAAACAUGGCCUUCUGACAACAUUAGCAUAUAAACUGGGCAAGAACAACCCUGCAAUCUAUGCACUAGAGGGGUCAGUUGCCAUUGGUGGUGCUGUGGUGCGUUGGCUUCGAGACAACCUUCAUAUCAUUAGCACAGCGGAGGAAGUUGAGAAGCUUGCUGCUUCUGUGGGUUCCUCCUACGGUUGCUAUUUUGUGCCAGCAUUCUCAGGGUUGUACGCACCAUAUUGGGAUACUACUGCAAGAGGAAUAAUAUGUGGCCUUACCCAGUAUACAAAUAGAAAUCAUCUUGCAUUCGCUGCACUAGAGGCUGUUGCCUUUCAAACCCGUGAGCUUCUUGAGGCUGUGAAUAAAGAAUCUGGGGUCAAUCAAACCAGUCUCCAAGUGGAUGGAGGAAUGACGACUAACAAAAUAAUGAUGCAACUCCAAUCAGAUAUUCUAUCGAUACCAGUAGUGAAACCAGCUAUGGCAGAAACAACUGCCUUAGGUGCUGCCAUGGCAGCUGGUUCAGCAGAUGGUGUUGGUGUGUGGCGUCUAUCUCCUGAUGAUCUCUCAGCAGUAGUAUGGGAGACAUUUGAACCUCAGAUAGAACCUGCAGAAAGCAACCAACGUUUUGCUAAGUGGAAGCUAGCUGUUGAAAAAUCACGAGGUUGGGAAAACGCAGAAGAUGCCAGCCCUGACACUGGAGAAAGCUGAGACAAGUAACAUAACUGGAUAAAAAAAAUACAAUGUACUGCUAGAAUUGCUUGGGAAUUCUACUUUUUCUAAAAUGAACUUCCACUAUCAUUUCCUUAUUAAAAGUAUGCCUUGUGAUGUCUGGGCAUACAGCUUUAACUGAAAGUGCCUUUUUCAGUAUUAUCACAUCACAAUAAUAUGAGUACAUGUUUGAGAACAUACACAAAAAUAAAUUAUUGAAAUAAGAAUUGCUAUGGAAAAUCAGAUGCGGUGAAGCAAAUUAAAAGAAAUUUAUUAUGGAGUUACCAAAUGUACUGUCUAAUCUUUAAAGUUCAGGAUUUGCUAUUUUGCACAUACAAACUGUAACUGUGCUUCACUGAUUGCUUUGGUACCUGAUUCUUCCAAGGAGCUAUUGAUUGUAAUUGGAUUCAAUUGUCGCAGUAGAUCAAUUUCUUGACCUGCUAAAGCAUCCUUGCUGAAAAAGAUAGAGGAAGGACAGGAGUAAAUGCCAGUUAAAUAAAAGGCGAGUUGGAAGUAAGAAUAUGGAGAAUAAAUGCUGGUCAACCCAGCAAUACCCAAUUUCUGUGAAUGAAUAAACAAAAUGAAACCUUGAAUAGAAAGACGGAAUGGGCAAAACAAAAGAAUAGUAUAGUUGCUGACUGUAAAACUAAAUUGUACUUGAAAUUACCUACAGAAUUAAUUUAAAGGCAGGAACAUAUUAUCACAGCAGGCCAAGCAGCAUCUCAG